GAAGUGUCGCAGUAGUGUCGGCCCGCUCUGUCAGCUGAUCAGUCAGAGAUCAGCUGCUCGCGCUCGCGGCCGUAGACCCCUUUACUUUCUCCGCCGCGCCCCCUUAUCGCCCGAUUAUUAGCCCGUCGGACACUGCGGCACCAGACAAAACAUUAGCAGCGUCUUCCCCACGAUGUGCAUCCUGUUCGUGGAGGUGAACGACAGUCCCGCGGAGGACGGCUACCGCCUGAUCCUCGCCUCCAACCGCGACGAGCACUACCGCCGUCCCACGGACUACGCCCACCACUGGGAGGAGGCGCCCAGCGUCUUCGGGGGCCGCGACAUGGAGCCCGGCCGCGAGGGCGGCACAUGGCUGGCGCUCGACACCGCGGGGGCCGGGCGGCUCGCGGCCCUCCUCAACGUGAUGGGGACCCCGUCCAAGCCCGACUCGCGGCCGCGGGGCAUGCUGGUGGCGGACUACGUGCGCGGCGCGGAGCACGCCGAGUGCUACUCGAACAAGUUGGCCGCCAUCGGCACCGAGUACAGCGCCUUCCACCUCGUCACCAUCGACCUCAACCCCUCGAAGGGCGGCCUGUGGCACUACAGCAACUGCACGGAGGAGGAGGGCGUGGGCGGCUCCGUCACGCACCUCCGGCGCGGCCGCUUCGCCCUGGGCAACUCGCUGGUGCACCAGCCCUUCCGCAAGGUGACGGCCGGCGGCCAGCGCUUCGAGGGCAUCCUGGACCGGUGCGGAAAGACGACCGCGCAGCGCGACAAGCUCGUCGCGGAGCUGGAGGGCCUGCUCAAGUGGAAUCAGGAGCACUACCCUGACGAGACGCUGGAGGGCCGCGCGGCCAAGGGGAACCUCCGCAAGGAGACGGUGCACAUGCACAGCGUGGUGUUCCAGAGGCACCCCACCUACGGGACGAGGACCCACACCAUCAUAUUGGUGGACGCCAACUGGCGAUGUGAUUACUACGAGAUGACCCUGGGAGAAAACCGCGAAACAACCAUGAACCCCGACACUUCGCGCUGGCAUCACAUUCACAAAACGUUCCAGUUAGAAGAUCCCUCAGGAAAAUAGUGCACUUAUUCUAGUUUUAAAAUAAAACUAAGCUCUAAGUCCUAAGGUUUAACUAUCUUCUAUUGAGACCUCUGUAGGCUAAUUACAAGUAACGAGACUUUCCCUCGCUUGAGUCAUCAUGUUAAGUGUUCUGUAAUUUGCAUUGUGUCAACUAAUCUAACGACUGUGAUAUGAUUUUCGGGGUCACGUAUUAGUCUACCACAUCUUCCAUGUUCUUCCCACUACCUCAGCGCUAAAUGUAUGUUUUUUAGAAAAUUAAAGUUGAAGUUGAACCUGU